AUGAAUAAAAAAGUGAUUUCUAAAAAAGAAUGGGAAGAAAAAUUAUCAGAGGUUAAUAUAUCGAAACAAGAUUUAAAUAAGUUGGUUAUGAACUUUUUAGUAAUAGAAGGUUAUCAAGAAGCAGCUGCUAAAUUUCAAGAAGAAUCAGGGACUUCAUCAAUAGUGGAUUUAAAUUCUAUAGCUGAUAGAAUGGCAAUAAGAUCAGCAAUUCAAAGUGGAGAUGUGGAAAAAGGUAUUGAAAUAGUUAAUGAUUUAAAUCCAGAGAUUUUAGAUACAAACCCACAACUAUAUUUUCAUUUACAGCAACAAAAGCUUAUUGAGUUAAUUAGAAAAGGUCAAAUUUCAGAAGCACUAAAAUUUGCACAGGAAGAAUUAGCGUCACAAGGUGAAGAAAAUGAAAAAUUUUUAGAAGAGCUUGAAAAAACAAUAUCUCUGUUAGCUUUUGAAGAUACCUCAAAAUCACCCAUUGCUUCAUUAUUAGAUCAUUCUCAAAGACAAAAAACGGCUGGUGAACUAAAUGCAGCAAUUUUAACAAGUCAAUCCCAAGAUAAAGAUCCAAAGUUACCAACAAUUAUUAAACUUUUAAAAUGGGCACAAACUCAACUAGAUUCCAAAUGUCAAUAUCCUCGUAUUAAAAAUUUUGUAAAUGGAGAAUUUGAAUAACAAAUAAAUAAUAAUAUAAAUAAUAAUAAAUAAUAAUAAAACAAAUUAUUAUGAUAAUCACAAAUUAUGAUAUAUAAUAUAAAGAUACCAAUUUUUAAGGAUAAGAAAAAGAAAUGGUCCUGAAAAAACUUAAUACUAACUCUGGAAUUAAAAAUAAAUCAAAAACACAUUUUUUAG